AUGGUGAGGAACAUCGAUGAGGAUCAAAGCGAGUGGAUUAGAAAAUUUACCAUAACUGCCUGGUGGAUCUGGAAAUGGAGAAACGAAAGAGUUUUAAACGCUAACCAAAUGGAGAUUAACCGAAAUGUGGCUUGGAUUCGUGAAGCAGACAAAGAGGUGAGUCGGGCAUUCAUGCGAGAAGCGAUCAUGCGGAGUAGACCUACCACGGAACAUGUUCUUAGGUUGUGCUGGAAACCCUCCUCCACUCAUCGGUUUACUUUGAAUGUGGAUGCAAGUGUGAAGGCCACCAUGAGAGCAGUGAGCAUUGGAGGCCUCCUCAGGAGUGCUGAAGGAACUGGGUUGAAGGAUAUGUAG